CUAUUAGCAUGUCUAGAUUUUGGAACUGUCAGUUUAUGAGUCUUCAUAAUUUUGGAUAUUGGGAUUAUAGACUUGCAGGAUUUUGGAACUGUCAGUUUAUAGGUUUUUGGAAUUUUGGAACUGUUAGUUUAUGA